GGGAGAGGGAGAGGGAGCAGUGCAGAGCAGAGCAAUGGAGGCCGACAUGGACGCGAGCUUGGACUUCUUGGAGCUGGAGGCCCAUCUGGUGUUCGAUCUCGGAGACGCCGAUAGCAAACGUUGGAUGAGCCUGGCUGACUGCUGCAGCUCGUACCUGCCGGCCGAGGACUCGCUCUCCGGCCUCGACUCCUGCUACAACGACUCCACCGGCUCGCCGUCCACGGCGUCGACGAGGGCCACCAGGGCCAGCAAGAACAUCGUUGAGGAGAGGGACCGGCGCAGGCGGCUCAACGAGAAGCUCUACGCCAUCCGCGGCGUCGUCCCAAACAUCACCAAGAUGGACAAGGCGUCCAUCAUCCAGGACGCCGUCGCAUACAUCGAGGAGCUGCAGGAGCAGGAGCGCCGGAUCCUCGCCGAGGUGUCCGACCUCGAGGCCGGCGGCUGCACCGCCGUGGUGGUCAAGUCGGAGGCCUCCACCGGUAGCGAGGGGGUGGAGGACGCCGGCGUUGGCUUCUCGCCGCCGAAGAAGACGAGGAGGACUGCCUCCUCCUCCUCCAUCAACGACCCCGUCACUUCUCCUGCAACGCAUCCGGUCCUCCUUGAGGAAGACAUGGCGUAUGCAAGUGAUGAGAGUAUGUUCGACUAUGUAAAUGUUGUCAGCAAGAUGUUUGAUAGUGAGGCUGAAGGUUAUGAAUUCUACAACAAAUAUGCUCUUGAAAAAGGUUUUAGUGUGAGGAAAAGCUACGUUGAGUGGGAUGGAUCCAACAAAUACAUAAUUUUAAGGAAAAUUGUGUGUAGUCGUCAAGGGUUUCGCGAGGAUAAGCACAUGAAAAGAAAGAUGGAAGAUAGAAAAAGGAGGCCACGAAGUUUAACUCGUGUUCAUCGAUGAGCACAGCUAUCCUCUAGCCCCACGGGAUCUUUCUUGUCUGCUGCGUUCGCACAGACGAAUUAGCGAUGAGCAGAAAGCGGACAUUGCGGACAUGGAAAAAUGUGGGAUCCGCAAAUACCGUAUUAUGGAUAUGUUGUGCUUUCAAUACGGUGGAUUUGAUAAGGUUGGAUGCAUAAAGAGGGACGUUUAUAAUUUCUGCCAUGCUAAUAAGCAGGAGACAAUCAGUGCCGGUGAUGCUAAAACGGUGAUCAUGCACAUGAUGGCGAGGCGAGAGCGAGAUGUGGAUUUUUUCUUCAAGUAGUUGGUAGACGAGCAUGGCCAUCUGAAGGGACUGUUCUGGGCUGAUAGUCAAUCACGACUUGACUACAAGGCUUUCGGAGACGUCAUUGUUUUCGAUAGCACAUACAGAACCAACAAAUACAAUCUGCCAUU